AUGAAAGGAAAGCAAGAUCAAGAUCUCAUUCUCCUCCAACUGAAAGAUGACAUUCACAAACAAAAGGUAAUGGCUUUUGCCAAAAGGGGAGAUGGAGUGUUAAGGUAUCAAGAGAGAUUGUGUAUUCCUAGUGUUGAUGGCAUUCGAGAAAGAAUCAUGAUAGAUGACCAGGCAGAGCAUACAAUUCAAAAUUUGCAGGAUAUGUUGAGGGCCUGUGUUAUCGACUUCAAAGCUCUUUAUAAAGCUCUAUAUGGGAGGAGUAGAUUACUAAUUAGUUGGCUCAAAGUUGUUGAAGCUGAGUUGAUUGGGACAGACUUGGUUCCCCAAGCCAUGGAGAAGAGGAUGCCCAUUCUUGAGUGGAAGUGGGAGAACAGUACUAUAAACUUUGUCACGGGAUUAUCCUUGACAUUUCAUAAGCAUGAUUCAGUUAGGGUGAUUGUGGAUCGGUUGACCAAAUCGGCUCAUUUUAUUUCGAUGAAGACUAGCUAUAAUGCGGAGCAGUUGGCUAGGAUCUACAUCCGUGAGAUUGAGCAGAUGGGCACUAAACUUGAGUUAAGCACAACUUUCAUCCUCAGACCGAUGAGUAGGCAAAAGAGCUAUGCAGAUAGGCGUGUUCGUGAUAUAUUAUUUGCCAUUGAUAAGCGAGUAUUGCUCAAGGUGUUACCCACUAGGGGUGUGAUGAGGUUUGAGAGGAAAAGAAAGCUCAAUCCAAGGUUUAUUGGCCCUUUUGAGGUUUUGGAUAAGUAUGGAAAGUGGGACUCAUUUGCUUUGGAUCAAGAAAUUUGUCAUUUGAGGAUGAGCCUGUUGCUAUCUUGGAUAGGCAGACUAGACAGUUGA